AUGUCGAAGAUUGGCGCAGAUUACGAGGAGGUUAAAGGGAUGUUGCUGUGGAAUAACCUUAAGGCCAUCCAUGCGCGAGCAGAGGAUAAGGGCAUGAAGGCAGCGUUGGCGGCGACGAUCUCAUCAGGCAGAGGGCCGUGGUGCGUGGCCAAGCCGGAAGCGCCAAGGGAGGCGCUCCAAGCGAACAUCGAGUAUGUAUGUGGGGGUGCCAUAGGGGAUUGCAGUGCGAUACAAGAAGGCGCCUCAUGCUACUCCACGGACAUCGUCAGACAAGCAUCCUAUGCCAUGAACUCCUUUUACUACGCCAAAGGGGGUCAUAGGUCCAUCAACUGCUUCUUCAACGAAACCGGCACCAAAGUCCGCGACGACCCCAGUUAUGGGAACUGUGCAGCGUUGGCGGCGACGAUCUCAUCAGGCAGAGGGCCGUGGUGCGUGGCCAAGCCGGAAGCGCCAAGGGAGGCGCUCCAGGCGAACAUCGAGUAUGUAUGUGGGGGUGCCAUAGGGGAUUGCAGUGCGAUACAGGAAGGCGCCUCAUGCUACUCCACGGACAUCGUAAGACAAGCAUCCUAUGCCAUGAACUCCUUCUACUACGCCAAAGGGGGCCAUAGGUCCAUCAACUGUUUCUUCAACGAAACCGGCACCAAAGUCCGCGACGACCCCAGUUAUGGGAACUGUGUAUAUCCUUCAUGA